UUCAUAAGGGUCAGCAGGCUACGUUCGUUUGUUGAGCUGCUUGUCGGCGUCCGUUGCCGGUAUGUCGAUUUUAAUGCACGCGUGUACUUUGGUGGUAAAAAUCCUCAUCCUGCCGCUGCAGCUGUGGGAGCUGCUGGGUCUGUACCGAUUCUACAAGCGCGUGUUUCCCAUCCUCACGUAUUACGUUAGCUUUUCAUACAACCGAAAGAUGGACGAGAAGAAGCGCGAGCUGUUUCGCGACCUGCUGCGCUUCUCUCCGCGCGAUGGGCCGCUGCACCUGCUGGAGGUGGGCUGCGGCAGCGGGGCCAACUUUCAGCACUACCCGAGCGGCUGCAAUAUCACCUGCACCGACCCUAACCCUCACUUUAAGGAUUACCUGCAGAAAAGCAUGGACAAGAACGACCACCUGGUGUACGAGAACUUCGUAGUGGCGUCUGGGGAGGACCUGAGGGUCGUGGAGGACAAUUCUAUGGACGUGGUGGUCUGCACACUCGUUCUGUGCUCGGUUAAAAACACUCCCAAGGUUAUCCAGGAGGCCAUAAGAGUCCUGAGACCGGGUGGAGCAUUCUUCUUCUUGGAGCAUGUGGAGGCUGACCCCUCGACCUGGACAUACUUCUUUCAGCAUGUUUUCAAGCCUUUAAUGUACUAUAUCGGCGAUGGCUGUGAGACUACUCGUGCCACCUGGAAGCACAUAGAGGCAGCUGGUUUCUCCGACUUGCAGCUUCGCCACUUCCAGGCACCACUUUUCUUUCUCAUCAGACCACAUAUCUUGGGUUAUGCUAUGAAAUAAUGACGGCACAGUUGGACCGGUGACACAGUGGAUUAACACAUAUUUUUGUAUCAAAUAUGUUUUACUUCUGUGAUAUGAUUUGGUAACAAAUGAACUUGUAAAGCCAUGUGUCAGUGUCCAAUGUAACAUUUUUCUCCCAGUGGCCCCCUGGGCCAGUAGAUCAGUUUUACUGGCCCUUUGUAUAUUUUUAUGGGUGGAGGCAAAGAGGAAAAAAACACACUUUUUCAUAAACCUGUUAAUUUAUUAAUUGUACAUACACUGUAAUGAUUUGUCCAAACAACAAAGAACUGACUAAUUUUCUUCUUAGAACAUUUUAAAGAAUAUUAAUUUUUAAUUAAUAUUAAUUAAUAUGUAAUUAAUUUUUGCCUUGAAUCAUAUUGUGGCAUCGCCACGCUACAGUAUAUAGUUAAUGUAAAAAAAGAGAAAUGUUUAUGCUGGGGUGUUUGAAGUUAGACAAUGACUUUCAUUUUGAAGAGCGCUAAAAUGGGUGGAGUGGUGAGGGAGGAAAGCUAGGUGUGUUUUUAGCUUCUAGCUAAGGAAGUCUGUGUUUUUAGCUUAGCGAGCUAACAGUUUGGCCACUGAGGAUCAACAGUGAGUGCGCGCCUGUUCUGCUGGUUUUGUUGUGUUUUCUGGUGAAUUCUUCAGUAAAGCCGAGUUGUGGACCGUAACCUUGAAUUGUUUAGCUACGUUUCUCCUGAAAACCCUCAAAGUCGCACUAUUAAAAUAUUCAGUGAGAACUGAGAAUCUGAGGUGAAAGUACUAACUGCAAGUAAAAAAAAAAAUGGAGCAUUAGCUUAGCGAAGCUGGCAAUCAGCGAAGAAGGCAAAUCUAACUUACAGCUAAACCCAAAACAGAGCUCUUAGUUAAAAUAAAACAGGCGAAAGCAAGCUAACUUUACUAGCCACAGCUGAAUUUUAAGCUGAACUGCACAUCGGAGCAGCGGCAGAGGGGGUAGAGACAUUGUUAGCUAAUUUGUGCACUUCAGUUGUGUUUUCAUGGUAGAAAACACAGUAAAAUGAGUCAUGUUGAAUAUCUUCACAGUUGCAACAAUACUGCAAGCUGCAAGUUUGAUUCAUUUAACAUCAGUCUUUUUAUGCCUCCUCUUUUUAUUAACCUCAAUAGCUGCCUUCCUCAGCUCUCAUCCAAUGUUUAGAUACUGCAGACUUGAGCCUCACGGCUGAUCGGGAGUCAGAAGUUAUGACGUUGAUGUACUUCUGAAUCCUGAUAGGCUGGAUCAUUUGGCACUAGCUGCAGAGGAGGCUCCUCCACAGACCGCCGCUGCUGAGGACAUGUUAUACCAGAGAUGUGUUAUAGCAGAGCUGCUGCUGAGGACGUGUUAAACCAUACAAUCAACUUGCCUGACAUACUUUUUUUUACAUGAGGCUGAAAUUAGUUACUUAUUCGUUUGGCUCCUUAUUUGCCGGCUGAAGUUAGCUUUUUGUUGGCCGCUUCUCAUUCAGCGAACGGAGUGUUCACAAUCACAUUUUCUGCGCAGUUUCCACUUUCACAGCCUCUAAUAAUGGAGAACUAAUGUUGAAGGAAUUAAGAAUGUGUACUGUCCAUGCUGAAGAAGGACUGUUAGAAACCAUUAGGAUUGAAACCUAAGGGUUUUGCUUUCUAAUGGAAAUUGGCUUAAUGGUUUCCAAUAGAGACCACAAGUUUUCUGUACAACAUCUUUGGAUCCCAUUAGGAAACCAUCACAGGCAUUUAGAAUCAGCCGCUAGUCACCUGUUAAACCGUCAGGAUCCUUUACAUUGUGGUAUCAACCUGUUAAUAGACGCCAAAACACAUUACAAAACCAUCAGGAAUCAACAGAAACACUUAAUGGUUUCUGUUGUUUUUUUUUCAGUUGGGACAUUUGCCAUACCAUUGUGAAUAUAGAGAAUAUGACUCUAGGAUACACUAUAUCGACAAAAGUAUUGGGACACACUUCCUAAUCAAUUUUGUGGGAACAGUUUGUUGAAGGCCCUUUUCUGUUACAGCAUGACUUUGCUCAGGAGCACAAAGCAAGGUCUAUAAAGGCAUGCCUUGGUGAGUUUGAUGUGGAAGAACUUGACUGGCCCACAAACCUCAACAGAACCCCAACCUCAACCCCAUCGAAUAACUAGAACAGAGAUUGUGAGCCAGUUCCUUUCGUUCAACAUCAGAGUCUGACAUCAUAAAUGCUCUUCUGGAUGAAUGAGCAAAAAUCCCCACUGACACACUCCAAAAUCUUAUAGAAAGCUUACCAGAAGAGUGGAAGCUGCUGUUGCUGCAAAAGGGGGACCAACUCCAUAUUAAUGCCCGUGGAUUUAGAAUGGGAUGUCAUAAAAGCUUCUGUGGGUGUAAUGUGUAGGUGUCCCAAUACUUUUGUCCAUAUAGUGUAAUAAAAUAUUUAAUUCUGCAGAUACAUGAUGUUCCUUUGAUUUAUUUCUACUACAUAAUUUCGUUGCAAGUACUUUAAAGUAUGAGACUGAAGAAAAAAAUCUAGAAAUUAAAACCUUUAUUAAUCUAAAGACGCUAUUGCUCAGUAUACCAUGUUGCCAGUUAUUUUUAGUUGUAACUAAAAUUAAGAGUGGGAUGCAGGCUCUCUUUUGAAGUUUUUACAUUUUUAUUUUUCUGAAAUGUACAUAGAAUUUCAGCUUCCAAUUUAUUUUCCUGUGUCCACUAUUUUUAUUUUUUAAGUAUUAAAUCAGCUUGCGCUAGAAUAAAAUUCCUUACAGCGGAAGACUGGAUCUCGAUCUAGGACGUCAUUUUUCUGGCCCGAUGUGAAUAAUGUCAUCAGCGUCCACCUGAAAUUUCAGCUUCCUAACAGGGACAGAGUUCUCUGUUUGAAAUCUGUUAUUCUCUGCUGUUAUUGUUUACUAUCCGGUGUCGGCCAGAGGAGGAUGGUUUCCCCUUUUGAGUCUUGGUUCCUCUCAAGGUUUAUUCCUCUUGCUCUUGGGGAGUUUUUCCCUUGCCAUUGUCGCCAUCGGCUUGCUCAUGGGGACUUGGACCCGGAUUUUUCUGUAAAGCUGCUUUGUGACAACGCCUGUUGUAAAAAGUGCUAUACAAAUAAACUUUGACUUAUUUAUUUAACCUCAUGAAUAAAUCCCUCAAAAAUG